AUGCCUCCACCGAAGGCUGCAAAGGGUGAAUACAUCGAAACAGAUACAGGCAACAAAAUCUCUCGCCGCUCCCAAAUCCACGGCACACAGCACAUUAUCCUAGGCGGAAAAACAGUAAUCCAAGCCGAAGCCGUCAUCCGCGGCGACCUCUUCCGCACCGCCUCAAGCGUCGCAGCCCAGGAUCCAAAGAACCCAAGCACACCCCCACCACCAUCCAAUGCACCCAGCGUCGCGAUAACAGUCGGUCGGUAUAGCUACAUAUCCAAGAGUGCGAUCCUACGCCCACCAAGCCGUCUCCACCGUGGCACGCACUCAUUCUACCCGCUCAAGAUCGGCGACCACGUCUUCGUCGGCGAGGGUGCUGUUGUUGAGGCUGCAUCACUGGGUAACCAUGUUCAUGUUGGGAAGGGGGCUAGUGUAGGGAGUAUGGCUAUCAUCAAGGACUUCGCUUAUGUUCUUGAUGGCGCGGUUGUGCCACCUGGUAUGGUUGUUCCGAGUUGGUGUGUUGUUGGUGGACGGCCGGCCAGAAUUGUUGGUGAGGUUGGGGAAGGGUAUGGAGUCGAAGGGGCUGAGGGCGGUUUGGCGAGGGAGAGAUAUCGGGUUGUUGGGAGGCCUUGA